UUAAUUGUUCUUGGUAUGCACCCAAUCGGGAGGGAUUACAACAGACAAUGCCUGUGCAAUCAGCUGGAGUCCAGACAGAGCGUCGAGAUCCUUCCCAGAGGGCCACGCUGCAAGACCACAGAGGUCAUUGCUGGUCUGGUGAGUGGAGAGAAGAUCUGCCUGAACCCUCACUCUGGCUGGGUGAAGAAACUCGCUCGCUUCGCCGUCAAGAGGCAGUCAGAAAGGAUUAAUCUAUAGAUUAAGCAGAGUUAUUCUUUAUCAUCUGUAGUUCUGUUCUGCAAUCAUCCCUCCAAGCAAAAGUUGUGUGAGUCAACCUUAUUUCAAAUUACUACACUGAACAAAAAUAUAAACGCAACAUGCAACA